CUCUGGUCACGCUUGGGCCUGGACAUGACCAGCCGCCAUGGAAAGUAGACCCGCUGAUGAUGCAUCCACGGAUGAGAAAUCGUCUCCGCAUGAAGGAAGCGACCAAGUCAUGUGGCCGAAUUCUACAAUGCCUUUGGAGCUCCUCAGCCGAUUGCAAACACCAGACACAAUCACGGAAACCGAUGAUUUCCCUUGGCCAUACAGUGCUUCUCCAAGUAAUACACCACAGAGCACGAUCACAUCCAGUAUUCCAGACCCAACACUGCCCCACAUUCCAGUCCCUGUUCCACCUGUAACCCCGUCCCAAGCACAUCGCAUUCCAAUCAUAGAAAAGCCCAAGGUGAUCAAGAUUCCCCCUGCUGAACAGGAAAUUACUCGUUUGCGACGGGAGUCCUAUGUGAUGUUUCUCAAGAAGAAGCGGGAACAAAACGUUCAGCCCCCAGCUACGAGAAAUGCCCUUCGAGACCUCCCAUUGACAGAGAUCCCGUUGUUUGUUCCCCCUGAUCGAAUCGAAGACGAAGUGAUGGCAUCCAAUGAUUGUGCCGCAGUUGAAGAAUGGGUCAACGCCCAUUUGACCAAGGGCAAUACUCAAUUGAUCCCCGUGUCCGACGCUUAUCUGGCUGCAUCGGAACCAAAGAAGCAAGUUGCCAUGUAUCAAAGCAAGCUCGAAUACAGCGACGUGACACAAGUGAACGUGAUUUCGUCGACGGAGAAGACGCCGCUGCAAGGAGCUGGCAUCGACUCAACCUCGCUGCUUCGACUCGGCAUGCCCAAACCAAUGGUCGAGCGCAUUUAUCGCGGUUUAUUUGUCUACACGAGUGGCUUUCACACACUCAUUCACGAUCUUGGCCGCCAUUGCCCUGCGUACGCAGAGAGUCACAUUGCAGCGAACAUUUGGCUCGCGUUUUUGCAUCUUCUUGAAAAGUGUGAAGACGGGCGGUACGAAAUGGCCAUGCUCAAAUUCAACCACGCCACCAGCAUUUGGAAAAAGAACAAGAUGAAGGAAUACGAGUUGGAAAAGGAAGCUCUCACAUCCGAGGUGAACGCAGUGCAGGGACAACUUCUAGCGGAAAAAAACGUUGUGGCCGACACCCUGACGAAAUUGGCAGAUCAAGUCGAAGAAACUCGGCUUGUCAACGAAAAAAUGCAACAAGCCCAACGCAAGUUCGGGGACUAUGAAGACGACAUUCGAAUGCUAAGGCUGGAGAUUAUGGAUUUAGAAGACAAAUUGGCCCAGAAAACGGAGCAGCAAAAUCAAACAAGCUCAGCAUUGUCCCUGGCGUUGACGCAAAAGUCCGACGUCGAAAACGAAGUGGCCAACCUCAAAGCUCAGAUCUUGAUACUCCAAGACAAACUGGAAAAGCAUGAAGUGAAUAAAGUUCGCACUUCAAAUCGCAUUCGUGAACUGCAAUCGAGCUCUCAGGCAUUGCGUGACAAUGUGGACGCGUUGAAGAAUGACGUUCGGUUGCUCACGAUGGAUAAGACCAAACUGACUGCUGACCGCAUGUUGUACCUGGAGAAGUCGACCGUGCUGGACAAGGACCUGGAGCUCUUGAAGAUACAUGCGGCAGAAGUCACGGCGCUCACCGUAUCACAAAAACAUGACAUCGAUGAGCGCGAUGCAACGAUCUUGUCUCUGAAAAACGCUAUGGAAGCGGACCGAAAUGCGUUUGUGACGCUUCAGAAUGAAAUUGCUCGCCUGACGGCGUUGACGCAUCAGCAGAAGCUCGAUAACGGCGUCCUAGAAGCUCAAACACAGCUUCUCCUCAUUGAAAAGAACAACGCAAGUCAAAAAGAAGGCGACAAAGCACGCAUCGAACGUCUAUUGAACAAGAAGGUCGAGCUUGAGAAAGAAAUUGACUUACUGCGGCAAGAAAAAGAGCAAGGCCAAGAGCAGAUUUGGAACUUACGUGCAUCGCUCGAAGCUCUCGAGAACGAUUUGCACCAUUCCAAACGAGCGUAUGCCAACAGCCAGACGUCGUUGGCCCAAGCGGAGCGCAUCUGCGAGCACAUGCGAGGACAAUUGCAAGAGAUGGAACGAGCGAACGACCGCUUAACAUCCACAUUGGCGAGCCAAAAACAGCAAUCCAAAUUGCUUGACGAUGCAUCGAGAGAACAAGUCGAGAAAAUGGAAAUGGAGCUACGCGUGGUGAUGGGUCAGAUGCGCGAAAUGGUGUACACGCGCCGUGAGAACGAAGCUCAGAUCAACGAUUUGAGCAAGGUACUGACGACUUGUACUGUACAUUUAGCUGCUGCUUAUCUAUUGUCGAUGAAGUCCUUAGAAGCAAAUGCAGUCGAGAUGAAACUUAACAAGCAGCGCAUUGAAAAAGGCGACAAGGCGCUGGCUGCGAUGACUUUCGAGCGCGAUACCCUACUUCGAGACAAGCGGAUCGCGCAGCUGGAACACAGCACGAACCAAGCGAUGGUGAAUCGAUUAAACCAAGCCACAUCGCAGCUCAUGGAGAAAAUCCGGUUGAAUGAAGUUAACUACGACGAAGCCAUGCAAGAACUCAAGAUGCAUUACGACAAUGCAUUCCGCGCCCCGCCGCAGCUAAGUUCGUCUGCUUCAGGCGUGGAUUUGCAUUCGACGCAUCAAAAGGCGCUUCACCCCAGUAUCAAUCGAGGAGCGAACGCUGUGGGAAUGCAGUCGAGUGUGUCUGGACUCUUGGAUCUGAUAGCAAUGCAAGCCGGUGGAGAUGGUGGUGAAAUGGGAGGGUCAAGUUAUGGUAACAAGCCAAGACUAAGCCGGAUGGACUCGCAUUCCAGUCGUCCACGCCGACGUUCUCUAAAAGGCGGCGCGAUCCCCCGUCAGAAUGAGUACACCAUUGUCGAGCUGACGAAUCAAUUGAAGCAACGAGAUGCGACCAUUGCUCGUAUGGAGGAAACAAUUGAAGAAACUCGUUUUGCACUCAAGAUGGAAAAUGUCGCCAUGGGACGCGAGAAAUCGCGCACCUCGCGACUCGAAGAGUGCAUGGAAAUGGCUGAGAACGACUACGCCACGCUGAAAGUUACGACAUCGCAGCGCCAUGGAGCGAUCACAAUGAACUUGCUUCAAGUGCAAAGCGAUUUGAAAGACUACAAGGCCCGCGUACACACACUGCGAGCGUAUCUCCGCGAGUACAAGACGCACUUGGACCAUAUGGGAAUGCAUGCCGAAGACUCACGGGGGUCGCUGAUGAUCGUGCGACAAAAGUUCAUUACUCGCCUGGACGAAGAAGUUCAAGCCACGGAAGAAAUGACCGAAAACACGACCCAAACGUAUCCGCCGCGUCGGUCACCUGUCAAGGAGCGUGCCAAGCUCAAGCAAACGAUAUUUUGUGCGCCAGAAUUGGCUGCCAACGACGUGCUCAAUAACAUCACGGAUCUGCUUCCUGACGAAGAAUUGGACAAUCAUUUCUUUUCCCUCACGCACCACGGCGAGUUGGCCACGAGGGAAUACAGACAAGGCUAUUUGCUUGAAUCCCAUCGAGUGAAUCGAUUCCAACCGCUGCCGCAACUCUCUUCGACAUCUCCAACGAAGGGAAGGAGUGCAGACCCACCUUCGGAUGUAUCGACUCCUCACUUGCGCAGUCAAAUAGCUGUGCAAUACCGCAACGAAUUCGGUUUUGUCAAUCGCGUCGCUGAAACUAACGUGUCGCCAUUUGUGUUUGACGGCGUAAAGAAGGCGAGGACGCCCAUGUCGGUGGCGGAGAAACUCGCGCGCGAGCUGCAGAUCCAAGAAAACGAGCGUCUCAUGCAGGAAAUCUCGGGUGAUAAUGGUAAAGUGUCGUCAAGCCGACCACCUGGUCGGCCAUCGCCGGGCGGCCCCAAGAAAGCGACGAUGGCGAUGCAACAACGGAAAGGAGUACACCAGGAGAGUACUUCGGCCACGGAUGGUACCAGAGGGGGAGCUCCGAACCAACGACCUGCACCUCCGACUAAGCCCAAGAAGCAACAUCAACACGUCAAACCCCGACCGAACAAUCGUGACAAUGCUGCGGUCUCCACCACGACAGCACAAACUGAAGUUGAGUCCGACUUGCUCUUGCUUGAAUCUCUCAGGGCAAGGGAGCACGCGACACCAUACACACCUGAAGUUGGCCAAAGGCGGCGAGAACCGCAGUACGAUGACGAAGAGUACGAAAGUGACGAUGACGGACUCAACCUUGGCAGCUUCUUCGUCGAGGAAGGCGGCAUGCUCAAGCGGCGAGCGGGAGGAAUGGAUGGCCAGCGGAUACCGACUCUGCUGGAGCAGAAAGUCAAGGAAUCACGGGCGAAUGAAGCGAUGCGGGAGGCAGCAUCGCCGACAUUAAGAUUGGUCGGUUGGGAGCUCGGCCGACAAGGUGGUAAUAGUGACGCCUCCAGCUUACCACCCAUCUUGUAUCCCAUUACAAAAUCCUAACAACCUCGUGCCAUGUACAUGUAUUAACGCGUUUGGUUUUGAAGUGCGUCUUGGAUCUCCUUCUGACGACGUCGACGGUGUGCUUCGACGCGUGCUGGAAUCUCGUUGAACUGAAAAAAUGCCGAGAUGGAGUCGGGAAUGAAGUUGCUCAGACCGCUUCCGUAUGCCCCCCACAGCUUUUCCUGGUCGUCCCAUGCUUCCGGGCGCGCUUGCUUGACACUCCCUUGCGCAAAUUCCUCUGGGUACUCGUACCGAACGUAUCCCAUCACACCCACCGCGGCUAGACUCGUGCCCGUCACAAACGAGAGAGCGAUGCCGCUCCAAUUGAGUUUCCUCGCCAUGUUCGUUCAAGCCAA